AACAGCUGUUCAGACCGUGUGCUUCUCCCUGCCCUCGUUACACGGGUGGGAUACACACAAGCUCUGUGUUGUUUGUAUGGGAGCGGAACAUGCCCAGGCAGCCCUCAAGGGGGUUCUCUGUGAGCAUUGUGAUAAGAUGUCACUUAAAACUCUCCGCUCCCGCUGGCCGCUCUUUGAGGAGGGCACUUCGGCUUGCAUUCUUCGUGGUUCGGGUGGCAACUCAGAUCAUGGGGUUCACAGAUGGACCUGGUAGAGGUGUUGGAGACGUGCCCAGCCCUUUCUCUGCUCUCACCUGCCAGGUCCAGUGCCUUUUCCCAGGAGGAAGAACGAGCUGCGCAUAGGUGCAGGAAGUGGGGGUGCUGGAGAUGCUGCAGCACCCCCUGUUUUCACAGGACAGUAAAUGCAAUGCAAUUUUUUGUUCAGUUAGCCUACAUUUAUUCAUUUUUAUCAUUAAAUAAUUUGUUUGUAAUAAACACUUUAAAUGGGCUAUAAAAAUGUUGUUGUUGUUGUUUUUAAAGAAGAUCUAAUAAAAACGCUUUAUAGGCUCAAGCAUAGGCAGAGUUUCCAAUAACGUGUUUUGCAGCGUUGAGCAAUGUAGCCAAUCACAGACAAAUCUUUUGAUUUCUGGAACGCAAUGAGAUGUUCCACUCACCACUCAAAACGCCGGCGUUUUUGUUUAGCGCUGAAUGCUUUGCAUGCUGGCAAAUCCUGAUUAAAAAAGUGUAGACAUUAUUAUAAAAGAAUCAUUGUGCAGUUAUUGAAGCGUUGUGAGAUCAAGACAAACUUUCAUCUUUUUAGUGAUUAUAAAGGAACACUCGUGCGCAUUCUGCCAUGCCAAAUCAUGCACGCAGCACUGCCUAUGCUUGCUUUUAUGUUUCUGAUUGUUGUUGAUACUUUAAUAACAAAUAUUAUAAUGUAUCACUGUUUAUGCUGGGAUCUGUAGGUUGUGGCUAGGGCUAGGCGACAUGUAACUUAAAAGUGUAACAUGGAAAUCUCGGAUGUACUGAAAAAAAAAACGUUUUAUACUUUUUAUUUGUUAAACGCUGCGGCUAAUGUAUUUCCCGGGUGCAGUCAAAUGUCCUGGUGAAUGGGCUAUGCAGUGUUCUUAGCUAUUUUUUUUUUUUCUUUUUUCUCAGCGAUAUGCUUGUUGUUUCCUGGAGUUUUGAUGUGUUUUAUAUACUUAAUAAAUGCUUCUUUUGAUUAAGUAUAUAAAAUACGCACGCACAGCACACCCAACCUAAAACAUCUUCCCGCGCCCCUGGCACUGCAGUUUCUUCCUCCCCGGGUUGAGGCACCAAUGCUUCACGUAUCCAGCUCUGAGGACUUGGAUGUCGUGAGUAUCGAUGCAGAGGAUAUGCAUGGUUCGCCACUUCAUACCCCUGCUUAUGAGGAGUUGGAGGUUGUGACUCGUGCUGUUGCCAAAUUAAAUAUCGACUGGCCAGCCGAGAAGCAAGAAGUUCAACAGAGGAGUGAACUGGAUGAACUCUUUUUACCAUCCAGAUCACAACCUCCUUGUCUGGGAUUGCCAUUCUUUCCCGACCUCCACACUGAGGUGUUGAGGUCGUGGGAUAAACCAGCAUCAUAUCAUGAUUUCAACCCCCAAACAACUAAUUAUUCUAACAUUAUGGGGCUGAAACAUUAUGGCUAUGCGGCGAUUCCCAGGGCUGAAGAGAAGGGGCUAUCUAUCUCUCCCCUGAGUCAGCAUCAUCGCCAAAAUCCACGAUGUUACCCACCAAGCCUCUUAAGACCACUUCAGCGCUGGUGGGUAAAGUGUACUCGGCUUCAGGUCAGGCCGCGGCGUGUCUGCACACAAUGGUGAUUAUGCAGGCAUACCAGACCAACCUGUUAAAGGAUACUGAUGAGUGGUCAGUGACCAGUGGCGCCAGGCUUCUGAGGGUUGUCCCCUCCAGGGAGAAACAGAGUUCACCUCAUUAUACAGUGCUGCAUAUAAUAGAAAAGGGCUACAGAAUUCUGUUCGGGUUUCGCCCGCCCAGAUUCAACGGGGUCCUCUCUACGGUAGUGGACCCAGAGCAGUCUCUGGUUUUGGAACGGGAAGUUCUGACGCUCUUGCGAAAAGGGGCCAUAGAACGGGUUCCCCCUCCCAGCAAGCUGUCAGGAUUUUACAGCCACUACUUCAUUGUUCCAAAAAAGGAUGGAGGGUUGCGUUCUAUUCUAGAUCUGUGCUGUCUAAAUCGCACAGUUCAAAAGCUAAAGUUCAAGAUGCUUAAACUCAAACGGAUUGUGUCACAAGUCAGGUACGAGGACUGGUUUCAAUCUCAAGGAUGCGUACUUUCAUGUAUCCAUCCAUCCAUCCAUCCACAACAAAUUUCUGAGGUUUGCUUUCGGGGGCGAAGCAUAUCAAUAUUGGUUACUUCCUUGCGGCCUAGGAUUAUCACCAUGCACUUUCACGAAAUGGAUGCAGCUCUGGCUCCUCUGAGACUCCAGGGCAUUCGCGUAUUAAAUUACAUCGACGAUUGGUUGAUUUUAGCUCAAUCCAAGCUCAUGGCGGUUCACAAUCGAGAUGUCGUUCUCGCUCAUAUGCGAAAGCUGGGGUUGAGGCUAAACACCAAGAAUAGUGUGCCACUUUUCUGCCCGUGGUUUGGGAUUCGACGACGAUGCAGGCUCAUCUUUCUCCUGCUCGUAUUGCAUCGAUUCUCUCAGCUGUAAAUGCGAUAAAACUAGGCCAGUCACUCACUGUAAAACAGUUUCAGAGACUGUUAGGUCUGAUGGCAGCAGCAUCCAACAUGAUACCUUUUGGCCUGCUGUACAUGAGACCUUUGCAGUGGUGGCUCAGGACCAAGGGAUUCCCCCUGAGAGGAAAUCCGUUUUGCAUGAUCAAGGUCACGUGGCGAUGCCUUCCUUAGUCGUGGAAAAAACCUUGGUUCCUGUGUUGGGAGCUCCUUGUCAUCACUUAACGCUAACAACGGAUGCAUCUUUCACAGGUUGCGGGGGCGAUCAUGAGUGGAAGCUCGGCUCAGAGUCUGUGGCAGGGUCAUCUUCUUUCCUGGCACAUAAAUCGGCUGGAGAUGAUGGCUGUGUUUCGAGCUCUCAAACACUUCCUCCCAGACCUGAGGGGCCAUCAUGUGUUUGACCGUACGGACAAUACAUCGGUGGUCUCCUACAUCAACCACCAGGGGGGUCUGAGGUCAAGCCAGCUUUGCAAGCUGGCCCAUUAGGUCCUCCUGUGGGCCCAGGGAAAGUUGCUCUCACUGAGGGCAUUGUACAUUCCAGGGCAUCAAAAUCAGGGAGAAGACGUCCUGUUGAGGCAGGGGCUGAGGCCCGGGGAAAGGAGACUCCACCCCAAGGUGGUGGAGCUCUUGUGGGAGAAAUUUGGUCGUGCAGAAGUAGACCUGUUCGCAUCUCUAGGGACAACUCAUUGUCCAUUGUGGUUCUCCCUCACGCAUCCAGCUCCUCUCGGACUGGACGCUAUGGUGCAGAUGUGGCCAAGGCUGCGUCUGUAUGCAUUUCCCCUGAUCGCUCUGCUUCCGAGAAUUCUGGAGAGGGUUCGCCAGGAUGGGGUUCAUCUCCUAUUAGUAGCCCAAUUCUGGCCGGCCAGAGUAUGGUUUUCAGACCUGCACUGUAAAAAAAUCCCUAAAAUUUACAUGGAAAUUUAACAGCAAAAUGCUGUUUUCAUGUAAUAACAGCAAGUUGCUGUUUUUUUGCGGUGCAUUAUGGGAGAACUUGGUCGCUUCAAGUUGCGUGUUGAGCAGCGACAGUAUGGUACUGUUAUUUAACAGUAUAAUACCAUAUUUUCCCAUGUACACAUGCGUAAAGGAAGACAUUUUAGUUUAUCUGCAUGUUGUGCACGAGAUAGUUUUGCAACUCUGCUGAUUAUUGUUUAUUUGUAAAGUACCUUUUGAAAAUUACAUUAAAUAUAGUGAUUUAAAUCAGAUGAAGCGACCAUGCAUUUUAAUUGGCAAGAAACCACAGGAGCAUGAGCCCAUUGUACAGACUGUCAUCACAUCACACACAAACCGGUAAGAAAAUUUUAUCCAACCUGAACAUUUUCCUAAUCUAUAUCUGAGUAAAAGAUUAGUGUGGAAUGUUAUUGUUUUUUUGUUUUUUCUUGUGUGGUUACAAUUUUAGCAUGAGAUUCAAACUGUCCACUAUCUGCUGCUGAUAUUUGUUAUUUUUCUGUAAGUUACAGAGCAAGUGUAAAUGGAUGACAGACAGCAUGUUUUAAUCAUGAAAAAUAAACCGAGUAAGAUACAACAGCAUUGUUAGCUUGUUAGCAUACACUCAGAAUGCAUUUGGUUAAUUUACUACCAUCACACGGUUUGCAACGGACACAUGUCCCAAUCUUUAUCUGAGCAAAAGAUGUGUAUGAACAAAAUUCAUAAUUCUUCUGUGAUUACUGUGAAUGUGCAUAUUCAAACCAUUGGUGGCGUGUUUGCAGAAAUAGCGGCAUGACAGAUGGACGAUUUUUUUAUUUUUUAUUUUUGAGACUUUAUUUUAUUUAAUUUUUAUUUUAUUUAUUUAUUUAUUUAUUUUAUUUAGUUUUUUGUGUGUGUGUGUGUGGGUGGGGGGGGGGGGGUCUCUCUAAUUAGUUAACUAGAGAAGCUAUCCAUUCUUUACAUUAUGUUUUCCUUGUCCUUGUAGUUCAACUAGUGAACUGGCUGACUUUGUAGAAAAGCAAAGGUCUCAUUCUUUAAAAAAAAAAUGUAAGUUUGCCUAUUGUUUUGUCAUACAGACACCUACAUAGUAAUCAUUCACCUAAAAAUGGUAACGUUAGUUAUCUCAUCUUUUUCUCAACUUCAUGCUGUCUCAAACUCGUAGGACUUUCUUUUGGAGGACAAAUGAAGAUAUUGUAAUGGAGAAAUGAUGUCUGUUUGCCCAUACAAUGGAAGACCAAUGGGGACCAAACAUUCAAGCUCCAAAAGGAACAUAAAGGUACGAUUAAAGAUCGAUUUUGUCUGAUGUCAAAAUAUCAAACCAAAGGACAACAAAUUAGAGACUGCAACUGCAAGAUGUUACUUGUAAAAAAAUGCAUUUUCACCAAAAAUAAAUUGAAUCACAAAACUGGCUAAACCACGUGAUUAAUUGCCUUUAUUCUGCAUUUACUGUAUGUCUAUUGGUAUUUGAAAGUUUGAUCCCCAUUUUCUUUUGCAUUGUAGAGACAAACAGACAUUUCAUCUCCAUUAAAUAAUCACCUAUUGAAUCAUCACAGUUCAAAUCAGCAUAAGGGUGAGUAAAUGAUAAAAAAAAUUAUAUUUUUUGAAUUUCUGUUCUGCAUACAAUAGGCCUAUUGUCUUUGUAAAUAAUAGUAAAUAAAAGUAGCACAUUGAGUAAUUUUAUUUAUUUAUUUAUUUUGUCAUUUGCAGAUACUGUCAGCCAUCUUAAAUUGUUUUUUUUUUUACUAAUAGAUGUCUGCCACUCCUUCUGACCUUGAGAAGAUGGAUAAACUGCCUUUGACUUAUUGCUUGAUCCUUCUUAAUACUUUAUUGGAAUAAAUCCAGAAAAGAGGAUAAAAGCUGCAUGGAGAAAAGAGGUGUCUAAAAUAACUUGAAAAACUGCAGAAGAAGACCAAGAUGAAAAA